AUGAUUAACACUCGUUUGGUCCAGAAGUACCCCAAAGGAACAUCUCCGGUAGUUUACGGGACCGCCGGGUUCCGGAUGAAGGCCGAUCUUUUAGAUUAUGUCACCUUCACUGUCGGAAUCAUUGCCAGUUUAAGAUCCAAGAAGUGUGGAGGUCAAGCUAUCGGAGUUAUGGUCACUGCGUCUCACAAUCCUCCGCAAGAUAACGGAGUUAAGGUGGUAGAUCCAUAUGGUGACAUGCUACAAGCUUCAUGGGAAACCUAUGCUACUCAAUUGGCCAAUGCUGAUCACGAACUGUUGUCUUCUGUGGUUGCAUCUAUUGUUAGCAAGGAGAACAUUUCGCUAGGUGUUGAAGCCAAUGUUAUCAUUGGUAAGGAUUCUCGAGAAUCAAGUGAUCGUUUGGCACAAGCUGUUGCCGAUGGAGUUUCGGUGAUUGAGAAUGGUUUAUCCAAAGACUAUGGGUUACUUACCACUCCCCAAUUACACUAUUUGACCAGAUGUAUUAAUGACUCACAAUUUGGAGUCCCUACAGAGGAAGGGUAUUAUAAGAAGAUGGCCGAUUCCUUUAUGGAGAUCUUCAAGUUAAACCACGAUAAUGAAGGCACUAAGAUUUCUAUAACCAUUGAUAAUGCUAAUGGGGUUGGAGCACCUAAAGUCAGUGAAUUAUUGGGGACUUAUUUGAACAGCGUUAUUCAAGCAGAAACUGUUAAUACCAGUUACGAUAUUCCUUCGAAAUUGAAUGUGGAAUGUGGUGCUGAUUUUGUUAAAACCAAUCAAAUUUUACCUGGAGGAGUUAAACCUAUUACCAAUCAACUUUAUGCUUCAUUUGAUGGUGAUGCCGAUAGAUUAAUUUGUUAUUAUCAAAAUUUCAAGGGUCAAUUUAGACUUUUAGAUGGCGAUAAGUUAUCCACUUUAAUUGCAUCAUUUUUCCAGAAAGUUCUUUUAGAUUUACCUGAAUUGAAAUUGGAUAUUGGGGUUAUUCAAACAGCUUAUGCCAAUGGAUCUUCCACACAGUAUAUACAAGAUGUCUUAAAGAUCCCUGUUAGAUGCACACCUACUGGGGUUAAACAUUUACAUCAUGAAGCUUUAAAUUUUGAAGUGGGGAUUUAUUUUGAAGCUAAUGGUCAUGGAACAGUUGUAUUUUCUAAAGAAGGCGAGGCCAAAUUAUUUGAUUAUAAACCACAAAAUGAAGUUGAACUGAAGGCUUUAAUAGCUUUACAACAAUUUUCCAAACUUAUUAAUCAAACCGUUGGAGAUGCCAUUAGUGAUUUAUUGGUGGUAUUAAUGAUUUUGAAUUAUCUUAAAUUAUCACCAGAUCAAUGGGAUAAUUCUUAUGAAGAUUUACCCAACAAAUUAAUCAAAGUAAUUGUUCCUGAUAGAUAUUUGUUCAAAACAACCAACGCAGAACGUACUCUUGUUGAACCUGUGGGGUUACAAGAAAAGAUUGAUGAAUUGGUCAAGAAAUACCCUGAUGGUCGUUCAUUUGUUAGAGCUUCGGGUACUGAAGAUGCCGUUAGAGUUUAUGCUGAAGCCAGUACAAGAGAGGGAGUCAACGAAUUAGUUCAAUUAGUUGGACAAUUAGUUGAGAAUAAUUAA